CACCACCCCACCCCCGCCGCAGCACCACCACCACCACCAGCAGCAGCAGCAGGGCGGCACCCAGGGACCGCUCCUACACCUCCCUCCCCAUCCCCACCUCGCAAACAGCUCCCGGCUGCACCUCCACCUUCACCACCACCACCACCACCUCCACCACCACCACCACCACCGCUGCUGCUCCCAGCUGUCUAUCCCAGCUGCUGCCGCCCCUUACCCUCAGUAGCAGCACCCACACCAGCACCCACCCCCCUCCCAGUACCUCCGUCGCCGCUGCCGUGCUGCUGGGUCGCGGGCUGCAGCGGCGGACCUCCAUGCAGCCGCGCCAGCCGCCCCACGGCCCCUCCACCCCCUCCUCCUCCUCCUCCCCUUUCAUCACCGGCAUGGUGACCACGUGCACUACCACUGCUGCCAGCAGCACCGCCUGCAGCGGCCCCAUGACGUCUCUGAACCCCCUCACUUCCCUCACGCCCCUGGCCCCCCUGACGUCCCUGACCUCCCUCGCCCCCGCUGCUGCGGCCCAGAUCAGGCAAUACCGGCGGUGGAGAGGAAGGGGCUGGCAGCGGCGGGGGCAGCAGCAUCCACAUGCGCAUGAACAACAGCAUUAGCGGCGGCGGCGGAGGGGUGUUGAUUGGCAACCUGGGCGGCCUGUUGCGACUGGGUGGGGUUUCCAGGCAGCGAAGACACACCACCUGCGGAGCGGCAUGGACCGCCACCAGCACCAGCACGUACGGAAGCGGCGGCAGCGGUGUCGUCAUAGGCGCCGGUGGCGGCGGCGGUGUUGGGCUUACCGGUG